CUAACUGUCAUUUUGAAUGGCCUUGCCACAAAAAAUCACCUUCGUCCCGAUCCGAGUUUUGAUUUCUCUUCCGUAAUAAAAAAAAAUCAUUUUAUCCAUUUAAAUCCUUAUAAUAAGCUAAACAAUAAGAUGACAGUGGAUAAAACAAAACUAUCCUAUCGUAAUAAAAUAAUUCUCGCUCCAAUGGUAAGAGUUGGCACUCUUCCAAUGCGGUUAUUGGCUCUAGAAUAUGGUGCCGAUAUUGUUUACACUGAAGAAUUGAUUGAUUUAAAGAUGAUCAAGGCUAAAAGAAGAAUAAAUGAUGUUUUGGGAACAAUUGAUUUUGUUGAUCCUUCCGAUGGCAGUAUCAUCUUCAGAACUUGUGACAAAGAAAAGGACAAAGUUGUUCUUCAAUUGGGAACAAGUGAUGCUGAAAGAGCACUUGCAGUUGGCAAAAUAGUUGAACAUGACGUUGCUGGUUUGGACAUAAACAUGGGUUGUCCUAAAGAAUUCUCAAUCAAAGGUGGCAUGGGUGUAGCACUUUUGUCCAAGCCUGAUAAAGCUGUCGAAAUUCUUAAAACUCUUGUUGAUAAUCUCAAAAUACCAGUUACAUGUAAAAUAAGAAUUCUGCCAACUACAGAAGAUACCAUCAAUUUGGUAACCAAAUUCGCUGCAACAGGUAUUGCAGCUAUAGGAAUUCACUGCCGCAGGAAAGAUGAACGACCACAGCAUCAACCUCAUCCAAAUGUAAUAAAAGCAGUUGCUCAAGCUGUUGACAUACCAAUAAUCGCCAAUGGCGGAUCUCGUGAAAUAGACACUUAUCGUGACAUAUUCAAAUUUCGUGAUAGGUGUGGAGUGGAUAGCAUUAUGGUUGCUAGAGCAGCACAGCUUAAUGUGACUAUAUUUCGUAAAGAAGGACUACUUCCCAUUUUUGAUGUGAUAAAGAAAUACUUGAAGCUUUGUGUUGACUAUGAUAAUCCCCAAUCAAAUACAAAAUAUUGUGUCCAAAGUAUGCUCAAGGAACUGCAAGAAACACCUUUGGGGAAAAAGUUUCUUCUAACUCAGACACUUCAUCAGAUUUGUAAUUUGUGGGAUCUUGGUGAUUAUUGCUAUAAAAAGCAACUAGAGUAUCAGGAAAAAGGUAACUUUGGCCGACGAGAAGUUUGUCCUGGUGCAAUUCCCGGUGACGAUGAAGAAACUGAUGGUCCUCAAAGUAAAAAGCACAAACCCGAAAGUGAGACACCCGCUAGUUCACCAGAUAUAUUAGAACAUAAUAUAGCUUUUUAUCGUGCAAAUUAUGUUGAAGAUACUUCACUUCCAAAAAGCAUCCUCCAUACAUUCGCCUCAAAGAACUUCAAAGGAGUACCAAAAUAUGAAAUCCAACGAUUUGAUAAACUCUUCCGUGCGAUAUGUUCAUUCGAUGGUAAAAAAUAUGCCAGUACAUUUUGGGAAAAGAAUAAAAAAUACGCCGAACAAGGAUCUGCACUUGUGUGUCUGUUAAAUCUUGGAUUAAUUGAAGAAAGUGAAUUAAUAAAAAAUGGUAGCAUUUUGAGAUGACGAA